AUGUCCAUUCUUUCCCUUCCAGUGGAGAUUCAAACAGAAAUACUCCUAAACAUCCGAUGGCCUGACCACUUCACCGCCUCUAAAGUCUGCCCUCUGUGGGCUUCAAUCCUCCGGGCUAAAGAAUUCCGAGAAAGACGCUACUACACCAAGAAUGAUUUCAGAUACUACCACAAACUUCCAAUUUACGACUCGUUGACUCCAUAUCUACCUCGAGCCUCCGAGCCCGGUGGAUACGUUUAUUCCGAUGACAUUAUACCUUGUCAAAAUGUUCUUCUUCAAUACUGCGUUCUUGUGGCACAGUUCCGUCCUGGGAGAGAAAGUACCGUAUUCUUGAGGGUGUUGCCUCGUUGCAACUCAAAUGCAACAGAGCUGCAAAAUCUGCUUCAAUGGCCUCAUGAUCACCGCGACUUGAUUACAAAAUAUGCGUUGAAGGAUAUGGCGAAUUACCAUAGAUCUAUUUCGAGUUUGAUCACAUACGAUUUAAUCGAUAUUACGAAUUCACCUUUGUUAUCAUGGGAUACGACUAUAUUUUCGGAAACCAGUCGGGGUCUCAACAACGACAUAAGUGCUGGGGUUCACCACAGCCCGCGCCUUCUCGAAUUCUUGUAUAAGUUCUGGAAGGUGACAAGAUACGGGUAUCAAAGGACAGCGCAUCAUUUAUCUACUCGAAGUGCUGCAAAUAGGUAUGAAGGUGGAUUCGAGAGGGAAAACUGGGAUGGGUUCGGACAAACGUUUCAGGAUCUUUUGGAAGCCGUGAAAGCUCGCGUAGAGGCUGAUAUCCUCCCAGACCCUGCAGUCAUAAGUUGUUGGAGUAUGGUUACCGAUUACCUCUGGUAUGAGACUAGUCCGGUUGGGAUCAUCGUUGUUCAUGUUGAGAUUCUGGUGGAGAAGCCGUAG